AUGGGGGAUGUCCCCUCCGAGCCCAGUCGCAGACCUGUGGACACAGUUCAAGAGGACAGUGAAAUGACCUUUGGAGAACGGCCAGCGGUAGGUCCAGGAUCGCCUGCCUAUGUCAGCCAGCCUGAUUUUCUGGCGGAUCCGCAACCUGGAGGCGACGGCUUCUCGCUGCCGCUGCAGGAAAUCCGGAGACCUCAUCCGGGCCAUCCAGUUGGCUCAUUCACGUCGGAUCCGGGGUCGGAGCCGCGAGGAAGCUUCACGGGAAACCCAUCCUUUACCAAUCCUGCUGACACACGAUCUUGGGGAUCUACGACGACUCAGUUUGAAUGGCCUAGCUAUCACGGACCGGUACCUGCUGCAGCUGCUUCGACACAGCCUCCUAUCGGCCCGAACGUCGAAGGGAGUCCGGUAGGCUAUGAUGCGCACGAGAGAUGUAAGGAUACAACGUCCUUCGGCUCCGUCAAGACCGAGUACGAAUGGCCUGCCUAUCAGGAGCCUGAACCUGGAGCUCACGCAGGUGAGACCGGUGGCUAUUCGCAGAUGAUGCCGCCCUUUCCGGGCUAUUCCAUGCCCAUGCCGUCGAUACCUCCUUCAGGCGCCAGCGCGCAGGUCUUAGCCCAGUACGCGGCAAGCCUUCAAGCCAUGGCCCAUCAAUAUUCCCAGAUGGCUUCUGUGGCCGCCUCCCAAGAAAUGGCGAGCUCGGAGGCUGGCCCGCUUGGCGCUGUGGGCAUGGGCAUGUCCAUCAACCCCUGGCUGCUUCCUGCGCCCGGGGGUGUGCCCAUGGGCGCCGCAGCUGGGAACGGGCAUGCCCGAAGGUCCGACGAUGCGCAGGCCAACGGGCACAAGACCGACCCUGGAGUGGAACCUGCAGCGCGGAAGGAGGAGUCGGAAUGGGUGACCGUCAUGCUUCGCAACCUUCCCAACGAUUACAGCCGGGAUGAUGUAGUGGACCUGCUGACUGGGCAGGGCUUCUUUUCGCGUUUCGAUUUCGUGUACCUGCCGAUCGACUUCAAGAACUCAGUUGGCUUGGGCUACGCCUUCAUCAACAUGGUCAGCCAUCAAGAUGCACUGCAAGUCUUCGAUCGCUUGGCUGGCUUCAAGGAGUGGAAGGUCGCAAGCCAGAAGGUCUGUGAAGUUGCCUGGGGAAAUCCAGAGCAGCAGGGGCUGGAGUUUCAUGUCACCCGCUACAGGAACAGCCCCGUCAUGCAUCCGUCGGUGCCAGAGGAAUUUAAGCCGCUGCUCUUCCAAAAUGGGCAGAAGAUCCCUUUCCCGGAGCCGACGAAGGCUCCGCGCAGGCCCCGCAUGAAGAAGCACGCAAGGAUCGGCUGCAGGCGAGGGUCUCGGGUCUCUUCGUCUUUUGCAAUGUCUUCAAUGGCCGGUGCUAUCAAUGAUAACCAGUAUUCAUGA